AUGUCCCCCGACACACGUAGAAAUGAAAGUAGACAGCGCGGGAAAUACACCACCAGAGCAUGUGAGGAGUGUCGACGGCGACGAGCGAAGUGCGAUGGAAACAAACCAUCCUGCGCCAGAUGCGCCCAAUGGCGGAUCUCGUGCCAGUAUUCUGUCGCGGAGGAUGGUCGGAGGCCGGCGUCCAAGACAUAUGUACUUCUCCUGCGACAGAGGAUAGAAUCGCUAGAAAGACUCCUGGAACGGCAUGGGAUUGAUGCAAGGGAGUCGCAAGUGCCCGCACAGGUGCCGUUAGAUACGAAACCCGGCAUGAACAGCGACACGUCUUCGGAGAUAGAUAGCCUGGCCGAGAAUUUCAAGGGCAGGCUGGCUCUGGACGAAUCGCUGAAUUUCGACCAGGACGGCGAGAUGAGGUAUUUCGGGCCGACUAGUGGACGGCUCCAGUUUCAGGGUUCUUCCAGUAAUCGAGUCAGUAUUGAUGGCUCGGCGUUUUCGGUCUCUCCGCCAGAUCAAGUGUCUGAUAGCUAUGGCUAUAUCGACCCCAUUGACCCGAUCACGGCUGGCAUGGGGGUCCCGAAGGACGUUCAGGACCACCUAAUCGAUCUGUAUUUCCGGUGGGAGCAGCCAUGGUAUGCUGUGGUCGAUGAAGAGCUCUUCAGGGAAAGUAUGAAUAAUGGGGGACGGUACUGGACGCCACUGCUGCAUAAUUGCAUCCUCGCUUUAGGGUCGCGGUAUUCCGACCGUGUCGACGUGCGAUCGGAUCCAGAUGACCCAAAUACGGCGGGGAAAGCGUUCCUCGAAGAAGCGAAAACCCAGCUGCACAGGGAGGUGGAACGGCCCAGUCUAACCACUAUCCAAGCAUUAGGUCUGAUUGGGAUGGUGUAUAUUGCGAUGGGGGCUGAUGCUGCUGGCUGGCUGCACCACGGGAUGGCGAACCGACUCAGUCUCGAUAUGGGCUUGAAUUUGGACCCGGCUGGAUUUGAAGAGACGAAUGCGAUGACUCCACGGGAGAUUCAGCUCAGGAGACAGAUAUACUGGACCCUGUACUGUCAUGAUAAGCUGUCCUCUAGUUAUACGGGACGAAUCUGCUCCAUGCUUGACUCACAAGGUGCCGUCAAAGUACCGGACGACGAUCCAGCAUUUAAUCUAGAGAUGAGUUCCUCUCAGAAAGCAUUGAGACCACUACAGCGAGCCAUGAUCAGCGUCUGUCGAAUCCAAGAAAGGAUCACGCUAUCCCUAUGGGCACCCAAACCACUCCUCAAGGAGCACCAACGACCGGCCUUCCUCAAGUCCUGUCUCCUCGACCUGAGGUCCUGGUUCUACGACCUCCCCACAGAGUUACGCAUUGACCGUGCCAACGACAUCCCCCAAGCAUACACACUCCACAUGGUGUACCACACAGCCAGAAUCCUGUUGGCCAAACCAUUCAUCAUGAGAGAGAACCCACCCUCAAAGCCCAAAAACGAAACCACAGACCUAGCCCACUCCAUAUGCCGCGAAUCCGCCCGUUCCAUCUGUCUCGUCGCCCAGAAAUACCGACAUACAUUCGGAGGAUACCAUCUCAGCCCAAUCACAGCAACACACUGCACAUUAUCGGCAGCGCUGGUCCUGCUCGACGAAACUGAAAAUCUGAACGCCCCCUCCCAUAAGAAUAAAUUGACCCUGUGUCUAACAGUGCUGGACGAGCUAUCUAAGUCGUGGUAUCCGGCAGGCCAUAUCGGACAGAAUCUGCGGAAGCUUUGCCGGUCUGUCGUCUCAGAUGACACGUUCUCUCGAGAUAAGGGGCUCUAUCCGUUCGAAACGAACCCCAGUCCGCCACUCGACCUGGGCGUCGAGCUCCCAAACGUCAUUGACGAGAUUGAAUCCAACCCGAGCGUCAACCCGGGCAACGCGCUGGCUAAUCAACUGGAACUGUCCGUCCCGAUGGAAUCACUCCCCGUCGACUACGGGUUCUUCGAUAUAUUAAACCAGAUCAAUUGGGAGCGGAUGUGGUAA